AUGUUUCGAACAUCUCAGCUGUAUGUAAGAAGUCGUGGGCUUCUGUCAUUUCUGUCUCCGAAGCAACAAGAACCCACACAAUCACUAAGUCCUUCUCAACAGAAAGAACUAAGAUCUGCCCUAGAGAAUGUUCGUACUGAUGCUCCUAGAAAAGGAAUAAAAUCAGAGGAAACUGGGUUCGAUGCCGAUCUUCUUGUGGAUGGUCAUAUCGACAUAGACUCUAUACGUGCCAGGGGACAAAUGAAAUACAUGUACAACUACAAGCCUCCCAGUAAUGUAAAAGAAACAAUUCUAAAUAUAUCGAAAAAGGUUUUGUCUGUCGAAAAGACGGGUAAUGUGCUGGAGUUUCGUUUAUCAGACGAUGUUGAAGCAAAAGCUAAGUUAAUUGUAAGAGCUGGCGAGCACUUCAAUCAUUUUCCAACGAAUUCAGCUCUUUUGAGAAUAAAAAAUGUUGAAGAUUUGAUUGAAUUCUACAACACUCCUGUAGAGAAUAUUAACUCAUAUGCUAAGCUUGCUCGAAAAGAAGGUAAACCUUUAAAUGUCCAUGUAAUUGAACAACCCGUUCGUUAUAAUCCGAAUGACACUGAUUCUUGGCAUGGAGGUAUCACCGCUUUUCCUGGCACAGGUGGGCAAGUGAUCAGUUUGAGAAACAAAAGACUGUUGCGUCAAUUCAAGCCUAAGGAGGAUUGGUUUGAUUAUGAAGAUCAGACUUUCGAUUAUAAGAGACCUGACGAAGAUAUGCCCUGGGAUGCAGAAAUAACGAAGAAAAUGGAUAGGUACCCGGAUAGGCGAUACAACUUAUCAACCAAAUCUUUCAAACGUGUGUGA